GCUGAUAUGUUGAUUCAUUUUUUGUAGUACUUUUGUUUUGCGUAACAUCCUUUUGCUGGUCCAUUUUUGUAAUUAUUUCGUUUUUCCAUAUCCAUUUACUGUCAACCUUUGUUUUCCCAUAUCAUCCAUUUACUUUCAACCUUCGUGUCACUGAACCUAGUAUUCUCCGUUGUAAUUGUCUUUUGUCUCGAACUCCCCAACACCUUAAGACCUCUCGUUUCUAACGAGUGUUCGGUGCUGGGAUCAGGUAAGGCUGUGAAUUAGGUCCUAAAUUUGAUCACCUUUGUGUGUGUGUGUAUGUGUCUGUUUUGGAUGUUCUCUGUGAACUGGCAUGAGCGCUGUGUCCUAUGCGUAGUUUAGUAUUGUGUCUUAUCUCUUCCUUUAUUCCAAUUCACUGCUAGUUUAGCCUAUACAUGCUUUUCUCUACACUGCAGUAGUAGACAUUUAGACAUCUAACUUAGACAAAUUUAGCAAUACGGCUAUGUCUUUUGGCCCCUGCUUAAACAGACAGUUGUAUUGUGGCUGGUUUUAGAAUUGACGUUGUAGAUCAAGUUUUGCCCUUUUUUUAUGGAAUCUGUCUAGUUAGUAUAUUCGUUCCGUCUGAUUGUGUAGUAAUUUUGACUUAGGUGCCUUAGAUCGUUAUCAUUUGAAUGCUUUUGUAGUCAGUAUCUCCUUAGUUGCGUAUUUGGACGUGGUUUUUGGUGCCACGAGUCUUAUGCGUAGAUUUAGCGAAUGUUUUCUUUCGUGUAAAGUAACUUUCCGGUGUUUUACUUGUCCCAGACUUUAGAGAAAAAUUCGCUCUUAUAUCUGUUGCUUUGCCCGUGAUAAAUGAGUUUAAUUUUUAGUCGUUAUUGCAAUUAUUAUCGUAGUUAUUGUAGUUAUUGUGGUGCAGUGGUAUUUUCCUGGCUUUGAUGUAUACGUAGUAGUAUCUGUUUUAUGUAUAUAUAAACACGUAUAUUUAGUAAACUUGUAAUAGUGUGUGUAACGCAUGCAUGCGUAGGAGAGUUAGUUGCAGAAACGUCACUCAAGUGUAGAUAACGCAAAUGCAUUUGAGGUCCGUCCUCAUCUAACUAUUAUCGUAUUAAUGAUAGUGAUAGUGUCACCAUCUCCUCCUUCCUUCUUCCUCCUCCCUCAAUCUAAUCAAUUCGACACCAACAUCAUCAGCAGCAGCACCAGCAACCAACCAUCUUUCUUCGUGUUGUUGGUGUGCGCCGGUGGUGGUGGUGGUGCCCGCGGUGCCCGCUGGGGUAUUUAUAUCUCCCGGGGGCUUGGUGUGGGCUGUGUUGUAGCUGCCGCCGUUAUAGGGCGUCUGGUGCCUCAGUUACGAUCUGUUCACUCGCUUACCUGAAGCUUCUUCUGCUGCUGCUGCUCUCGGCGACGAUUUCUGUCGCCAGGUGCCCCUAGGGAAAGGCGCCUUUUUUUAAUUAACUCCUCCGUCGGUGCCUUCGUCUGUAGAGCUGCAGACCCUACUGCGGCGUUUCGAGGAGAGACAGACGACGACGACGACGACGAAGACAACUCUUCCUGAGGUCUGUUGUCCUGCCAGGACACCUGUAGCGACAGUGGCGGUGGCAGGCGUUGUGCGCAGUCUCAGUCCAGCGAAUGGCGACCUAGAGGAACUGAGGCCGCGUCCGUGCCCCAUAUUAACCGAAAACAAAUGAUAGAAGAGAGAGAGAGAGGGGGGAGAGGGAACGGGGCCUUGACAGACAAAAGCCACAGUUGGAGGUGUGCCACCCGUGUGUCAAAAGUGUCCCUGUGAAUAUGGUUGUAUAAGUCGAAACAAACUCUGGUAUGCGAGUGUAGGGUUUUGUGGGGUGGUGGCGGAGACGCUGGAGGAGGAGGAGGGGAGGAGGAGGAGGAGGAGGUGGUGGGGGUUGUGGUAGUGGUGGUGGUGGCGGCGGCGGGGGAGGAGAAGGAGGAGGAGGAGGAGGAGAAGGAGGGGCGUGGGUCGUGGCCGUCGCCAGAAUGAGCGGGCGCACUCGUCGCCAGUACGGCAGGAGUGCCACUACUUCCUAUUCCAGUAUCUUGCAAGACUCUGGGGGGGACAUCCUCAACAAGUGCUCGAGUCUCUUCAACAAGUUCGCCUCCAGGGUCAGAGCCGUCUCGCAGUCGGGGGAUGAUCGAGUGCCCCUCCACGACGCCUCUCACAACUUAGCCUCCUCUGUGGGCACCGGGGGGCACUCCUCUUCCUCCUCUUCUAAUUCGUCUGCUGCUGCGGCCGCCGCCUCCUCCAGGGCUGCUGCUACUGCUUCCAGCUACCAGUAUCCCAUGCUGCUGAAGUACAGCAAGUACGACGACCUGCCUUCGAGUUCCUCUUACGACUCCAAGUCCUUUGGAGGCGAUUCGAAAUGUAAGACGUCCAAGUUCGAACCUGCCGCCUCUCAGUAUAAGCCCGCUGCCUCGUCCUCCUCCACCCUGUCGUCGUCUUCGACCUACGGCUCAGGGACUUCGUCCUUGGGCUCUUCCUCCUCCUCCGGUUAUGGAUAUUCCUCCCCAUACGGGUCGGGAUACGGGUCCUCCGGCAACUUCCGGAACCCCCUGACCACUUCCGCCUCCUUCUCCUCCUUCUCGACUUUCAAGUCCGACUACGACGUCCCCUCCGUCCGCUCCAGGUAUGGGGGAGGCUCCUCCUCCUCUCGUCCUACCUACAACAGGACCUCCUCGGAUCUCGGCUGCACCGAUAGCUACGGCCUCCGAGGCGCUUACACCUCGCCCGUCACUUCAACGUCGUCCAACUACGACAAGAUCGGCUCGCGGUACAAGCCCAGCCGUUUCCUGAAGCACAACCACCUCGCUGCGACGGGUUGCGACGAAGAGGACGAGUCUGGCGACGAACUGAGCGCCCUGCGGAAGAAUGUCAGCUCGAAGAAGCUGGACUACUGGUCGCAGUAUGGGUCUUUGUCCCCCAAUAUCAUGGAAAGGUGCCUGGAAGGAUCCAGCGCCAGCAGCUAUAGUCGACUGGGUAAUCUGAGUCCCCAGUUGAGGAGGCGUCACGGCGACGGCGCCCUUAUCAGCGGAAGCGCGAGGCAGAGGGUCAACCGCCCCGUCACCGUCCCCGAGGCGAACGAGGAGCGCGAGAGCACGGCCUCCAUCAUGAACAGGUACUCCGGCCUCUCGACCUCCACCCUCGACACCGAGACGGGCAGCACCACCUCGUCGGCGACGCCCGAUAGCGUUAAUGACGACGCCGCCGCCCGUCGGAAGGAGAGGGCGCAGCUCAUUAGCAUGUAUUCGCUGCCCCUUAACGUCUUGCAUAACAUCGGCAGCACCCACAAUCGGAAGUUCCUCAAGAGGGUGAAGGAACCCGCCGGCGGGACCUCUGGCGAUCACGACGGCGGUAGCAGCAGCAGCGGCUGCGGCGGCGGCACGAGUUACCUGGGCAGUCACUCGACUCGGCGCUUCGACCAGGUCAAGGAAAUGGCGGCCAAAGUGACGGAGUUUUGUUCUUAUAUCCCUGAGGAAGAAGGGAGCCAGGGACCCCCGAGGAAACUCCUGUACGGCAGCGCCUCCACCAGCGACGUCCUGUCGUCCCUGGGCAAAAGCGGAGGCUCUGCCAGGGGAUCGGACAUUUCCAAGAACAGCACCCCCGACUCGGAGAAGUUUGUCUUGUACGACCCCCCGAUCGUGUUCGAAAAAGCCGCCGUCAGGGAGAAGCCGCCCAGGACCUCGUCCUACGGCAGCAGCAGCGGCAGCACCAGCAAGCCUGCGAAGCCCACUUCUCUGGCCCUGAUCAAAACCCACACCUUAGACCUGUUGCACUCCCCGAGCGAGUCUUUGAAAGGCUUCGGGAGCCACGGUGGCGACCGCUGCUACUUGGGGUCGUCCUUGGUAAGCACCCCGAACGACAUGUACGGCAUCGGGACGCGCACGGCGCCUACGACGCCCACCAUCAAAGUGACCAGCUACUUAGAACCCGAACACGAGUACACCUUCACAACAUUCAAACCGACCCACCCCGACACGACACACCCACUGCCCUCCUCCUCCUCCUCCUACAGAAAUGAAUUAGACAAACACAUCGGCUACGUUCCAGCGCUCACGCCCAAGUCCCCCAUGGACCAGCAGCAACAGCUCCCGUUGUCGUCUCUUUCCGUGUCUGUGAAACCCAAAACCACCACUUCCACAUCCUCGCCUCUUCAGCUCUCUCUCACAGUCAUACUAAGUCUAAGGCCGAACAGGACGCCUCGUACUCCUUACUCAAGUUUAAGUCCAAAGUCGUCGAGGGGCUGACGACGUCCUCCUCAAGCAAGAGCGGCGGGAAGGGCAACACGUCCUCCUCCACCCUCACGAAUUCCGGGGUGUCCUCCUCGUCGACGACCACGGCGGCUUCCGGGCCGUCCUUCAAGAAGGGCGGAGGCGUUGGUGGAG